AUGGUAAGACUAUGCUUAAUUCCACCAUAUAAAUCUCAAGCAUUAAGAGUGAGAGUUGUAGAAGCAUUAAGAACAAGCGUUUGUGCCGCCGUUGAUUCUGGGAUGCUAUUACAAAGAAAAUCUAAACAAUUAAAAGAAGUUAGCGGUAGAUUAUUGUAUGAUGAAUUAUUAGAAUCAACAAAUUUAAAUGUUGAUGAAUUUAUUAUUAAGUUUAGAAAGAUAUUUGGUGGUAAACAAUUCCAAAGUUUUGUUGGUGAUAUGAUUUUUUAUAGUGAUCUCCCAGAUCCAAAAUCAAAUAAACAAUGGAUUUAUAAUAUUAAUUUAAAUAAUAAUAAUAAAAAUAAUAAAAAUAAUAAUAAUAAUAAUAAUAAUAAUAAUAAUAAUAAUAAUAAUAAUAAUAAUAAUAAUAAUAAUAAUAAUAAUAAUAAUAAUAAUAAUAAUAAUAAUAAUAAUAAUAAUAAUAAUAAUAAUAAUAAUAAUAAUGAUGAUGGUAAUAAUAAUAAUGAAAAUAAUAAUAAUAACAAUAAUAAUAACAACAUUAAUAAUAAUGAAGGAAUGACAAGAAUUUUAAAUUUAAUUCAAUUAUUAGAAGAAAGAGUUGAACUUUAUAUAAUUGGUGAAAAAAACAAUUUUAAAACAAUAAUUACAGAAGAAGCUAAAAAAAUGAGUACACUUCCAAAUGAAUCAGAUUUGUUAUCUCUUUUGGGUUAUUUGUAUGUCAGAGAAGCUAAAAAACAAACAUUCUCGGGUAUAUUUGAAAAAUUUAUAAAUUCAAAUAAAUAUUUAAGAAAGGAAUUUGAAACACUUGUAAAAUUAAAAACAAUUUUGAAUGAUUUAUAUACAAAUGACUUUUUCUCAAGUGAAAUUAUUAGAAAGAUGAUAUUGAAUGGUAUUUGGCUAACUGGAAGAUUAGAAAUUAAUAUUGUCAUUAAAGAAGUUUGUCAAAGAUUCUUUGACAUUCCUGAAAAGAAACUUAAAAAAAAGAGAAUUAAAGCCAUAAAAACAAUGGGUGAAAUCUUUUUAAAAUAUGGUAAACCAAAUGUUGACAUUGAUAUUAUUUUAAAAUUAUUUGAAUUAGAAUUAUAA